AUGGAAAAAUUACAAUAGUUUGUUAAUGCUUUCUAUCAACAAUUAAAUGCCAAACCUGAUGAGUUUGCUGUAUGUAGAAUAAGACUCAAAUAAUAUUUAUCUUAACUUAAUUUUUAAUAUGGAGAAAAUAUUCAAGAAUAAGAAAAUCAAUAUUUAAAUUAAUUAUCAGAAGAAAAUGACUCUUAUCUUAGUAUAGAAAAUGAUAGAGGAAUUACAGCUGAAUAUAAUGAAAUGAAGUAUUUUAGAAAAUUGGCUGAAUUUAUUAGAAAACUUAAAAAAUAAAAUUUAUAAUCCAAUUAUUUACCCACUAAUUCUCCAUAAAUUGGAAGAUUAUCAAGAGAUAGAUUAUUAGAAAUAUUAAGUUAAGAAGUAAAUGAUUUGAUUUGCAUGUCUUAAUUUAUACAUUCUUAUUCUGGAAUACAUCAAUAAUUAAAAAUCAUAGAAUAAUAAAUCAAUCUUCUAAAAUAAAUCAAAUAAUUUGAAGAGUAAAUUUAAAUUAAAUCUCCUUUAAAUUAACCAAGUUAUAUUCCUAAAGAGAUGGCAACCUUAAUAUCAAAUUAGGAUGAAAAUUUUUAAUAAGCCUUACAAAAAGAAGGUUUUCAUUUAACCAGAAUAAGUCAAGUCUUUUAUUACUAAAGAUACUUACUUUCAUAUGUUUUGAGAUCUGAAUUAUUUGGUUUAGAUCUACCCCCUGGAUUUGUUAUUAGAUUAACACUUACUAUUAAACCAAAGAGAUAUUAAUAUUAUUUUGUAACCAAAUCCAAAAAUUAAUCUGAGUUGAACAUUACUAAAAGUGAAUUAGCUAAACAUUAUCUCUCUCUUUUUGUUUCUGAUCAUUUAGAUCAUUUAGUUCCAAAAUAUUUCGGAAAUUUAUAAGCAUUUUAUGGAAAUGCUAUGCAACAAUAAAUAACAUAAUAUGAAUAAUUUAAAAAUCCUUUAUUUCAUUUUAAAAAAGAUAUUUUUGAAACUUCCUAUGAUUUACAAGAAUUCAAUUCAAUUAAACCUAAAGAUAUAUUUGCAGCUUAUCUCAAUUUUCUUGAUUUCUUAACAGAAACUUAAAUUUUUGAUUUCAAUUAUCAUUCUAAAACAAAUUAAGAUAGAAUUAAAUCUAUGUAAAUAAUAGAAGAAGUUAUAUCAAUUACAUAUAAGAGAAUUAAAAAAAUGGAAGAUACUUUUAUUUACAUUUAAGAAGUUAUAUUUCCUUAACAUCAUAAUGUUAAAUUAAUUCAAAUUACCUAACUUUUAAAUCCUUUAUUUUUUUAGUUUAUGCGUUUGGAAACAAGUAAAUUAUAAAGUUUAAAUGAUUAUGAAGACUUUAUUAAUAAAUUAAAUUUAGAAGAAGUUAUGCAUAAACUUGUUGAUGGUCAUUUAUUAAUCAAAUAUAAUAAUUAAUUAAGAGAAUUAAAAUAAGAAGUCGAUAAAUAAAAUAAACAAGGAUUAAAGUUACCGUCGUUCACUAUAAUUGAAUUCUUCUAAAAAUUAAACAUCAAUUAUGACAUUAGUCUAAUAAAUAGAAUUAAGCUAUUAGAUUAUUUAGCGAAUAAAAACUUUUAUAAUUUAGAUACAUAAUUUCGUAAUCAUUAAGAUGAAAUAUACAAUUCUAUUAUUAGAAACUUUAAUAAAUCAUGGUUUGAUUAUGAGUUAUGGAAAUAAGCAUUUUAGGCUAAUUAUUAAUAUGCAUUAUCAAGUUCAUAAUUUAAAAAUACAUUCCUUGUUGAAUUGUUGGCCAUUUAAUUUUUAGGUAAUAAAUUCUAAGAGCUAAAUUAAAAUUUAUUUGAAUCAAUAUCAGAAAUAGAUUAAACUGAUGAUUAAUGUAAUAAAAUAAUAUUAUAUUUAAUGAAUAAGAAAUUACACAAUAUUGUUGGUUUAGAAUAAUCAUCGAUUUCUGAAAGUUCACUCAAACAUAAAAAGUUCAAUUUAUUUUUAAAAUUAUUACCAAUGGAGAAUGAGAGAAAAAUACGAAACAGUUUUUUUGAUUAUUUAUUAGAAGAUGAUGAUUAAUUAUAAAAAUAUCUUAGUAAAAUAUUUGAAGGUGUUCAAAAAUAUUAUCCUCAUCUUUUAGAAAGUUUAAAAUGGAACUAUUUUUGGACUUAAAUGUAAAAAUAAAGUGGAUAAUAUGAAUUCUAAAUUUUAUAUAAAGGAUCAGUAUAAUUUACAAGUUAAUAAUAUGAAUGUAUUUUUAAUAACAAUCUUUUGGAUAAUAGAUAAGAUCUACCAAAUUAUUUGGAAGUCAACUUAAAUACAAUCAUAAAUCAAAAUUUUGAUAAGCAUUUUGCAUUGCUUAAUUUAAAAGAUAAUUCUCUAUUAUUAAUGUAACCUAACUUUCCACUUUAAAAAUAUAUGGCUAUUUCUCUUUAUAAAUUAAUUGAACUUGAUUAAUUUAUAUCUAAAGUUGAAUUGGCAACACAUAAGGGUUAAAUUUAUUCAAUUUAUGAAGUAAUAAAUACAUUAAUUGAAGGAUAAAGAAUUAGAUUUACAAUAGCUUAAUAUAUGUUACAUCAUCAUUUUAAUGAAUAAAACUUAAUUAAUAAAAUAGGUUCAUAGAAUUUAGCAUAUAAAAUCUUAUUAAGUAUUUUACUUCUACCAACAAAUAUUACUCCAGAUUAAGAAUUACUUGUACCGUGUGGAAAUUAUUUUGCUCCUGUUACUACUAAUUUUUAUUUUGAUCCAAAACAUGAUAAUUUAAUAAAUAUUUGUGGAUUUGAAAGGGAAGGAGAUAAAAUAAAUUUAUGUUGUAAAAAUAUUUAUUUCUUAACUUAAUUUAUGAAUGAAAAGAUAGAUCCAAAAUAUUUAAGUGUCUUUUCAAAUUUAACUAUAGUUUUAUAACAAUGGUUAAAACAAUUAAGUUAAAUUGAUUUAAAAGUUGAAAAAACAUAAUCUAUAUUAAUUUUACCACUAAACAAAGAAAAUAUGAUUGCAUUAAUACAUCGUGCUACUUUGAUUUAAUAAGCUAAAUAAAAUAUUACUUAUUUAGAUCUACUUAAAUAAUGUGAUCAAAAUUUAGGAGAAUAUUAUUAAACAUUGAUAAAUAAUAAUGCUUUAAAUUUAAUUUAAAAAUUUGAUGAACUUUCAAGUACCUAACCUAUUUGUUUAACUCGUCAAGAUAUUUUUUCAUUUAGAGAAAGCUUUUCUUUUGCAAAAUAUCCAUCAAGUUUCUAAUUAAAAAACUCAAUAGGACCAUCUAAAGCUUUGAAAAUGGUUUUAAAAUAUACAAGACUUUUGACAGAAGUAGAAGACUUUAAUAAAAAAUUAUAAAUAAUUAAGAAAUCAAAUCAUUUUUAAUUAUUGAUAAAUUAAAUAGAUUGGAAAAAUCUAAAAGAAUUUUAAGUAUCAUCAAUGUUAGAAAAUUUAUUAAAAUACUCAUAAGAUUAUAAUUAACCUUUUGAAUAUUUAAACUUUAGUUAUUUAUCUUAUCGAUAAUUUUCUUAGAUAUUUAUGUAAUUUGAAUUAAUAAGAAUCAAAAUUUUAAAUAUAUCUUAUAUUGAUACAAUUACAGAUGCUUUAAUAAAUGAAAUUUGUUAUAAAUGCAGUGAAUUGCAUGUAUUAAAUAUUAGUGGUUGUACUGGAUUAAUAUAAUUGGGAGUUUAAAAGAAAUUACAAUUUUUGAGAUUAAAGACGUUAUUGGCAUAAGAAUUACCAAAUUUAAAAUCAAUUGAAAUGAGUGGUUAAUUUUUGUAAAAUUUAAAUGUAAAUAAUUGUCCAUAAUUAACUUAAGUUUAUACAAUCAAUUAACUUAAUAAGAUUUAAGCUAAAGGCUGCAAAUAAUUAUAAUAAGAAAUAGUUGAAAUGUGGAUUUUAUAAGGGAUAUAAGUAAUUUUUGAUGAUAUUACAUCAAAUGGUGCUUUUAAAUAAUUAGCAAAUAAAAAAAUAAUAAAAGUUAAUGAAGAAGAAUCAUCAUUUUAAAAAACAUAUGUAGAAAUAAUGUUUUCAUUGUUAGGUGAUAUUUAUGAGAAAUUUCUAUUUACUGAUUAAUAUUCAAGAUCUCCUUUACCAACAUAUUUAGUAAAAAGUGGAAUAGUUAAUGAGGAUUAAUAAAGUUAAUUUUUAACUUUUUUAUCAAAAUAACUUGAUGAAAAAAGUAAAAAAGUGUACAUUUUUGGAAUAUUUUAAUGUUUGUUUAAGAAUUUAUUUAUAAAUACUUUAGAAUUAUAAUCUUUGAUUUCUCAUAAAAGUGAAGAUAAACGAAAGUUUCUUGAUUAAUUUUUAGUAGAUUUUUCAUUAAUAAUAGAAUCAAGUAUAGGUAAUGAAUACUUAUAAAUGAAUUAGAGUGUGAAAUAAUUUUUAUAGAAUAUAGAAUGGAUAUCAAUACCUAGUGUAAGUGAAUCUGUAUUAGAGAAAAUAAUUUAAUUAUUAUAAUAAAUUUCUUAUUAUAAGUAAUUUAUAAAGGUUAGUUUUGCGAAUUUAAAAAUAAUAAAGAAUUAAAUAAUAGAAAAAUAUUUAUCUAAUUUAAAAUAAUCAGAUAAAUAUCUUCAUUUUCCAUCUUUAGAUUUUUCUGGAAAUAGUUUAACUGCAGAUAAUUUAAAUGAAAUAUUUAGUGAAGGAACAUUUAAUGUAAUAAAUAUUUAACAUUUGAAUUUAAGUAAUGCUGGAAUAGAUGAUAAUAUGUUAAUAUCGAUAAGUAAAUAAUUUUGGGAAUGUGAAAAUUUGAGAUAUAUUGAUUUGAGUAGAAAUUAGAUAACAAGUUAAGGAUUGAAUCAUUUAUUUGAAUAAGCAUUGUAAGUAAAGAUUGUAAAAACUCCAAUAAAUUCUUUAAAUUUAAGUCAUAAUAAUGUAGGAAAUGCUAAAUUUGAAUUAUUAGCAAAGUUAGAAUAAUAAUAAUGGUAAAAUAAGGAAAGUUAAAUGAUAAAUAUCAAAAAUUUAACACUUUAGAAAAGUUUUGAGAUAGAUUAGGAUAUAUCAUCAUUUUGUAAAUUUUUAAGUUUAAGUUAUAAUAUAUAAGCAUUAGAUUUAAGAAGAAAUAAAUUUAAAUUAGAAGUGAUUUAAGAACUUUCUAAAUCAAUAGGAUAAAAUAAAUCUUUAACAUAAAUAUUUUUUUCAAAUGAAAUACUAGAUUCUUGUUUGAUUUUUGAAGAAUUAAUGAAAAGUUAAACAUUAUAACAUAUGGAUUUGAGAUUAAAAAGUUUAAAAUAAGAUAUUUAAUAUUUAUUUGAAAAAUUAAUAACAUUAUCGAUAACUCUUCCUACAAUUGAUGAUGAUUCUUUAAGACUAUUAACUAAAUUAUAUUAAAAUUCAUAAACAGUUAUAUUAUUUGAUUUAAAUAUAUUAGAUUAGGAUGUAAAAUAGAGAACAUUUUAUAAAUUAGGAAUAUCAAAGAUAAAUUAUUUUAGAGAGAAGAAAGAAUAAAAGGAAAUAAUGUUAAGUGAGAAAUUUGUAAAGUAAGAUACUUUUAGAAUAGAUAUUUCAGAUUAUAGUUAUACUGGUUUAUCUUUAGAUGGAGGUGGAAUGAGAGGAUUAUUACCGGCAACAAUAGUAAAUUAUUUAUGUACAUAAAUGAAAAAAGAACCAUAUUAAUUAUUUGAUAGUAUUGGUGGUACAUCAAUAGGAGGAAUGUUAGCAUUAACAAUGGUAGGAACAAAAGAUGGUUAAACUCCAUUAGUUGAUAAAGAUGGUUUAAUUAAAUUAUUUACAGAAGAAGGAAAGACCAUAUUUGAAGAUUCAAAAAGAGGAGUUUGGAAUAUAAUGAGUAAAUCUAAAUAUGAUGCUAAAGGAAUAGAAAAUGUGUUAUCGAGAUAUUGUGGAACUGUUAAACUUAGUGAAACAAUAUCUAAUACUAAUGUAAUUGUUACUGCAGUUAAAUUAUAAAAAUAAAGAGGAGAAACUGUUGCUAAAGUAUUUAGUUCUCGGAAAGCUAAAGUUGAUCUUACUGAAAACUUUUUAAUGAAAGAUGUAGGUAGAGCUACUUCAGCUGCUCCUACUUAUUUCCCUGCUGCAUAAAUUAAAUCUUUAGCUGGAAAAGAAUAUUAAUUUAUAGAUGGAGGAAUUGGAGUUAAUAAUCCAUCUAAUUUUGUUUUAGAAGAUUUAAGAAAGUGUAUGUUAAAUAGAGAUUAAGAUAAUUUCUUUCUUUUAAGUCUCUCUACUGGAUUAGCUAAAUAAAAAUAGUAAUUAUAAAUUGAUGAAGGUUUAUUGAGUGUCGGUAAAAUUAUUGAUGCUUUUGGAGAAAGUAAUUAAGAUUUUGUUGAUCUUGAACUUAAAAGACAUGAAGGUAAAUAUCUUAGAAUUAUUCCAGAAUAUGAUCUUUAAGGUAUUAUUUUAUUCUUUAAAAUAAAUUAGAAAGUAUGGCACAAAUGGAUUGUACUGAUCCUAAAGUUUUUGAAGAAUAUUAAUCUGCAGCUUUAUGUGCAGCAGAAUCUUAUUUUCAUAAAGAAAUAUUUGGAAGAUAUUAAGAUAAAUCUUUUAUUCGAUGGCUCGAAGAAAAUACUGCAAGAAGACUAGAAUCUAAAUGA